GUUGGAUCCCCUUCAGGAUGCGUUUGACUGAAAAAUUUCAAAAUGUAAAUGCUCCAAUACUUAUGCAAUAAUUGAAAAUCACUUGUUCGAUUGUCUCAUGUCGCAUAUAAGAGCACCUUUGAAAAGAUCAAUAUCAAACGCAUUAUUUAUCACAUCCUUCCACCCCAUACAAUUCAUCUUUCUUCAUUUCCCCUGAAAAGCCUGAAUAAUUCCAAAAUGUAAAUGACGCUAUAUUUAUACUCUGCCGCGUAUAAAUAAAUCAUUAAGCUCUCGUCCAAGUAUUCCGACGGUGUCUGACAAUUUCGUCCAUCAAUGUACCUGUCGUCGGACCAACGGCCACCUGGAUUCCGGUUGAUACGCGCGGCGCUAGUGGGGCUCGCGGCACAUCUGUGGUAUUUUAAGCGCAGACUCGCGGCUUUUCGCUCAGUCCACGCCUACCACCUUCAACCCCCUUGAGGGAGGGAGGGGUAGGUGUAGGGGUACGAGAAGCACCCCGGUCGCGGAGAGGAGAGCGAAGGUGGGCGUAAAGAGCGAGACGGACGGAGAGGGGCGAACGGAGAGAGCGAGGCGGAAGCUGAACGCGAGGGUAGGACGUACCCCCCGUGAGUCUGUAUGACGUCACGGGGGUCGAAUCAAUAUCACGGAACCGUCCCUCCGCCGGUCCUCGACUGCGAGAAAGACACUGACAGUUCAGUACGGGGUGGCCUCCACGACCGUUAAGGACGCUAAGGGCACGUCGUUCUGACGAGGACGACGACGACGACAAGGUUGAACGAUCACGGUUAUCGUUCGCCCGUUCGCUCGUCGCCCGCGAUUUUUUUCACCGCCACGCUUUCCCGGCCUCGACUCCCGAAUCUCCUUCUCUCGUUUUGUUUCGCUGCCGCUCGAUCGGUUCGUAUCCCCGAACAAGAGUAACAGGAAGUGAUUCCUCCGAGAAAUGGUUCGCGCGCGAAAGUGAUCGCCGAGGGCCACCGCGUAUGCCGCGUGAACUCCGAACCGUCUCGAGACACGUGUGAGUGGGUGGAAAGAAGCUCGAGGAGACCGGAAACGUCCGGCGGGUCGACGGGGUGAAGGACCGCACUGACCCCCGCGAUCGGUAUUAAGAAGCGUGGGCGAAGGAGAAAAUCGAGGAGGAAGCAAAGGUAGCAGCAGGCUCGGUGAGUUGGGUGAAAAUCGAUGGCCAUCAGCGCCCAUGGGCGGCCUCGCGUUUAGAACAAGGAAUAGCCCCUCCCAGAAGACCUCGCUCCGGUGGGGCGACUGCUGCCCCCCGAAUCCCAACCCGCCGUCGUCGUCGGUCGUCUGGAAGGACCGUCAUCAGGACAUGCCGCCGGUACCCGUGUGAGGCUGUCCCCCGCUAUUGCGUGAUUGUACACCGCGGGGUCAUCAGAGGUAUCCAAACUUCUCGAAAUCCGAUCGACCGCCGAACCUCUCGGACUUGCGUCUCCGUCAGUUCGAGUUCACGCAGGUGGACCCGUACUCACCGAAGAUGAUCAACCUUGCUGGUAUAAUCUCAAUCGUUCUAUUCUACGUGCUGAUCCUAGGCGUAGGAAUAUGGGCGGCCAGGAAGAAAGAGGCCGGCAACGACUCCGAGGAAGAAGUCAUGCUAGCGGGUCGCUCAAUUGGACUGUUCGUCGGAAUAUUCACUAUGACGGCGACUUGGGUCGGCGGUGGUUACAUCAACGGCACCGCCGAAGCGAUCUAUACGAAAGGUCUCGUUUGGUGCCAGGCGCCAUUCGGAUAUGCCCUCAGUCUUGUCUUUGGUGGUAUAUUCUUUGCAAAUAAAAUGCGGGAACAAGGGUACAUUACUAUGCUGGAUCCCCUUCAGGAUGCGUUUGGUGAACGCAUGGGAGGUCUUCUGUUUCUUCCUGCCCUCUGUGGCGAGGUCUUCUGGGCCGCGGGUAUUCUGGCAGCUUUAGGUGCUACAUUAGCAGUCAUCAUCGACAUGAACCAGGGUACCUCGGUCAUCUUCAGCGCCUGUAUCGCUGUUUUGUACACUCUCUUCGGAGGUCUUUACUCUGUUGCUUAUACUGACGUUAUUCAGCUUUUUUGCAUCUUCAUCGGAUUGUGGAUGUGCAUUCCUUUCGCCUGGGCGCAUCCGAAGGUAGAGUCCCUUAGUUCCAUGGAGGUGGAUUGGAUCGGCGAGGUGAAGCGAAAGGAGUACUGGUCUUACUUAGAUUACGGGCUAUUGCUUAUUUUCGGUGGAAUUCCUUGGCAAGUGUACUUCCAACGGGUCUUGUCCUCGAAAACGGCAGGAAGGGCACAACUGCUGAGUUACGUGGCUGCGAUAGGCUGCAUCCUCAUGGCCAUCCCGCCCGUUUUGAUUGGAGCGAUCGCCAAAGCAACGCCUUGGAACGAAACAGGAUACAAGGGUCCUUAUCCUCUCACCGAGGCCGAAACAAGCAUGAUCCUACCGAUGGUUUUGCAGUAUUUGACACCAGAUUUCGUUUCCUUUUUCGGGUUAGGCGCAGUAUCAGCAGCAGUGAUGUCUUCGGCAGAUAGUAGCAUCCUUUCGGCUAGCUCGAUGUUCGCCAGAAACGUGUAUAAAUUGAUCUUCCGUCAGAGGGCGUCGGAAAUGGAGAUCAUCUGGGUGAUGAGAGCGGGGAUAGGCGUGGUCGGCGUGUUGAGCACGGUGAUGGCGUUGACGAUACCGUCGAUCUACGGACUUUGGUCGAUGUGCUCGGACCUGGUCUACGUGAUACUCUUCCCCCAGCUGUUGAUGGUGGUCCACUUCAAAGAGCACUGCAACACUUACGGGAGUCUGUCCGCUUACAUAAUAGCGUUCAUGGUGAGGAUCAGCGGCGGCGAGCCGAUGAUGGGACUUCCCGCGCUGAUUCAUUAUCCGGGGUACGACGAGGAGACGGACACCCAAGGGUUCCCGUUCCGAACGAUGGCGAUGUUGAUGUCGUUGAUAACGUUGAUAGGCGUGUCGUACGGCACGCAGGUGGCCUUUCUCACCGGCCGACUGGCUCCUGGCUACGAUGUCUUCAGGUGUGUCGUUAAUAUACCGGAGGACGUUGAAAGGGUCGGUCCAGACCCGGCGGAGGGCGAGCAAAUGGCUGUAUUGGCUGCCGGCGCCGGCAGGCUCUACGGCAGCAAAGACGAAUCGAACGGACGAGUCAAUCCUGCGCUCGAGCCGGACUACGACAUGGAGCCGGGAUACAAAGUUCCGGGGGCACCGGAAGGCGUCGUCGGCGGUGGCGGCGGGGGUGGUGCCGGUGUGCAGCUCGUCCCCCAUGGACCGAACGUGCCACGACAGCCCCAAUCCAGCACCGCGUUCUAAUUCCUGGUUCCGUGAUCGGAUGCUGUGACCAACAAUAAACGCGGCGGUGUAGGUCCGUAUUAUUUUCUCGUUUACCUUUUCGUUUGAUCGUCGACACGUUCACCACCGUACAGUCUAACCUUGAUAUCUCUGCGAUUCAAACGUGCUACUCGUCCUGGCACCCUUUAGAUUUCAGGCAAUCUUUGUCUGGGAGUUGGGUAAAUCGACCUACCAAAAGCUGGAAAACGGAUUUUUCCCGAAACUGAAUCGUUCGAAACAAUUUCUCUGUAAAGUAUUUCUUAUUAUUCGAAUAAUUCGUAAUAAAGGGACAAUCUUGUGUCUGAAACUUUGAUCUCUCAACUAAUCCGACGAAGAAAUCUCGUGGAAUUUUAUUCUUCGAGUCGGCGGUGUAUAGCAAGCACUGCGAAUCCGAUAUCGGGCCCUCUUAGUACCUCGCAAUUUUUUUUAUGUACGGCUCGAAAAUGUCCCGGAAAGUAUGCAUUUUAACAGACACUUUUUAAAAUUACCACAUUCUUCUUAAGAAUAAAUACAACUUCUUCCUCUUGUUUCGUUUGAUUGUGAGAUGUAGUAUCAUAUAAGAAAAAGAGAAAGAAUAUUUUUGAUAAAUUGAAUAGUUAUUUUGAAUGAAAAACAAAGGUAUAUAUAUUUUUUAAUAAAAUAACAUAAAUGGAGGGAUUGCGAUACGUCUUUAUACGCGAACGAAGCUGAAAACAUUCUCUCUGUGCUACUUUAUUACACUCGGAAUAUACAGUUUUUUGUUCCUGAUCAGUACAAUACGAUCAGUACAAUUCUUUUUCUUUCGUUCUGAUCAUUUUCGAAUACAACUUAACGAGGAAUCGUUAAUGGCCGUAGGAUUGAGAUUUUUUACUUUUUUCUAACUUUUACAUAAUUUUUUGGUUAAUUUCUUAUUGAAUUACUUCUCUUUGCACGAACAAA